AUGAGCACGCCAGACGCGGACUACGGCGACGCGUUCCACUGGGGGCUCGACGGGGAGCACGUGCUCUUCGCCUCCGUGCGGCUCGACUCGGCGGGCGGGCUCCUCGCCGGCGCGCUGCUGACGGCGGGCGUGUGCGCGUGCGAGCGGCUGCUGACGUAUGCGCACGAGCGGCGGUGGGCGCCGGCGCGGGUGAGACGGGCGGGGGGCGGCGCAGGCGGCGUGGCGGGCGGGGGUGUACUGGGUGCUCGUGCUGCUCCCGCGUAUAUGCUGAUUGCGAUGACCUUCCACGCCGGGCUCAUUCUCAUCGCGGCGACGACCCUGGCUAUCGGCCAGUUCUUCAUCGAGCUGAGGACGGCCCCGCAGCUCCUGGACCGCGAAUAUGCGCCCUUGGACGACCCCCGCCCGCACCGCCACCGCAACUCGUAUUCGAUGCACGCACACCCAAAAGCAGAGCACUCCGGGACCGGCCGGACGGACUUCGAGCCGCCGGCGCCGCGGUUGUGGGAUGCCGGGGACGGCCCCGAGGCGGCGCGCGGGCUGCUCGGCGCCGCCCAGCGGUCGCCGCCGUUCCAGGUCGGCGGGCACGGACACGGACACGACAGCGAGGAGGAGGAUUGA